AUGGCUACAAUACAUUCUGCGGAGGAAGAGCUUCUCGAUCAUAUUCCUAUUAAGGAAGAGAUCGUGGAUAAAUAUAAAACACAACUAAUUUUAACCAACAACAAAACACAGGAAAUAGAAAUUAUUCAUAAAAGGCGAAUUAUUUAUAUAGCUGAACACGAUUUCGAAAACCUAGACUACUCCAAGGAUGAACAUUUUAUUAUCACUGAUACCCAAAAGGAAAUAAUCGAAAAAAUAUUAAACGAAGGUCCUCUAGACGAAAUUAUUAAAUCCAAAUUUAAAAUAGACAUAAGUCGACGAGAUUUUAGGACACUUAUAGAUCAGUCAUGGCUUAAUGACAAUAUAAUUAACAUGUAUCUAAAAUUAAUAGCAGAACGCAACGAACAAAAAAGUUUCAAAAAUCUCCCAAAAAUCUAUGUGAUGGACACAUUUUUUGCUCCACGCCUUUUAAAUUCCGGCUAUAAUGCAGUUCGUAGAUGGACUCGAAAUGUUGAUAUCUUCGCAUAUGAUAUCAUAUUAGUACCUGUUCAUGUAAAUAACGUUCAUUGGUGCAUGGCGAUCAUAAACUUAAAUAACAAAACAAUUAAGUAUCCUUGGGAUCACCAAAUUCUCACCUGUUAG